GAGAGAGAGAAAGAGAAACAAAGAGAGCGAUAAAGAGAUGGGUGGAGAAGAGAGAUCAGAAGAUAGACCAAAAAGAGGGGAAGAUGUUGACGCUGGUUCUCUCUUCGUCCUUAAAUCCAAAGGGACAUGGUGGCACUGCGGAUUCCACUUGACGACGUCUAUAGUGGCGCCGGCAUUACUGAGUCUACCGUACGCUUUCAAGUUCUUAGGAUGGGUUGCCGGAAUAUCCUGUUUGGUGGGAGGAGCAGCCGUCACUUUCUACUCGUACACCCUUCUUUCUUUAACACUCGACCACCACGCUUCCCUCGGCCACCGUUACCUCCGCUUCCGUGACAUGGCUCACCACAUCCUCGGUCCGAAAUGGGGGAGGUAUUACGUUGGACCAAUACAAAUGGCGGUGUGCUAUGGUGUGGUUAUUGCGAAUGCGCUCUUGGGAGGGCAAUGCCUUAAGGCAAUGUAUUUGGUAACGCAGCCAAAUGGGGAAAUGAAACUCUUUGAGUUUGUGAUUAUUUUUGGAUGCUUACUUUUGGUUUUGGCCCAAUUCCCAUCCUUUCACUCUCUACGAUACAUCAACUCAUUUUCUCUCCUCCUCUGCCUUCUCUAUAGUGCUUCUGCCGCUGCUGCCUCCAUCUACAUUGGAAAAGGAUCAAAUGCACCAAAGAAAGACUAUACUAUAGUUGGUGACCAAGAAACUAGAGUGUUUGGAAUCUUUAAUGCUAUGGCUAUUAUCGCCACCACAUACGGCAACGGCAUCAUACCCGAAAUUCAGGCAACAAUAUCUGCACCGGUGAAAGGAAAAAUGAUGAAAGGGUUGUGUAUGUGUUACCUUGUAGUGAUAGUGACAUAUUUCACUGUAGCAAUCACCGGAUAUUGGGCAUUUGGUAACAAAGCCAAUGGAUUUAUAUUCACCAAUUUCUUAAAUGCCGAGACAGGCCAUUACUUAGUUCCUACUUGGUUUAUUUUUCUCGUCAAUCUCUUCACCGUUCUUCAACUUUCGGCUGUUGCUGUGGUAUACCUACAGCCUAUAAACGAUAUUUUGGAAAGUGUAAUCAGCGAUCCAACAAAAAAAGAAUUCUCUAUCCGCAAUGCCAUCCCUCGACUAGUUGUGCGUUCCCUCUUCGUCGUGGCGGCUACAAUCGUUGCAGCAAUGCUUCCAUUUUUUGGCGAUGUAAACUCCUUGUUAGGGGUGAGUGCUAUGGUAGCGGCAGUUAGACAGAUUAUAAUCGAUGCUAAUACAUAUAAGUCAGUCUCUGCCCUCAACAAGCAUCAUCAAGGACUCUUCUCCUUCACUCGCUAUGAAAACCAUGACUCUCUCCCUUCGAAAAUGCCAGCUCUUCGAUCAACCACCCGCUCUUUCCUCGAUUUUUAUCAGUUCGGGAACAAGAAAGCGAUUGAAGAUGAGCGUACUAGACUUAAUGAUGAGAUGAAUCGGGGAUACUUUGCUGAUAUGAAAGAAUUCAAGGAUCAUGGUGGUAAGAUCGCAGCUGCAAAUAAGACUAUAAUUCCUGCUGCGUCAGCCAUCAAAUUUCCGGUAUUAGCAGUGACUUUCUCUAAUGGAAAAAGCCUAAAGUUGCCUAUUACUCCCAACAGCAAUGAGGUUGACACAGAGAGUUUGGCUGUCCCUAAAGUAUCAUUGGUGUGUCUGUCUUUCCGAGCAAGCUCUCAGGAAAUGAUCAGCUCGUGGAGCAAACCAUUCCUUGAAACAUUUGGCAACAGGAAAGAUCUUCAGCUGUUUGAGGUUUCAUUUAUAGACAAAUGGCUGCUGGGCUUGGCCCCCAUAAGAAAACUACUUCUCCGGGUCUUGCAAAAACCAAACAAUAACGAGAACAGUGUCCUCCAGAGGCAGGCUGUUUACGCAUUUGGGGACCAUUACAACUUCCGUAAACAAAUUAAAGUUCUGAACCUUCUCACUGGGUAUAUUCUCCUACUCGACAAAUCCGGGAGGAUAAGAUGGCAAGGUUUUGGAACAGCAACUCCAGAGGAAGUAUCUCAACUUCUCUCUUGCACCUCACUUCUCUUGGAAGAUCAGUGAGAGAUCGUUGCUUAAACUGGAGACCGUCUCAAAAGACAAGUCCUCCUCCUUUACUCUCAUGGAGGAUGUCGUCGAAGAAUUUAUUUUCAGAAGGGCGCACAAAAGACAAAAAUAAAGUAUCUCUUAUCUU